GAGGACCUCAUAUACAUACCCUGGCUGCGAGGUUAAUUUUCAUUCUCCUUUAAUCGUUCGUAACAUGAAGUACAAGCAUACCACCGGCAAAGGCACAAAGGUAAACAAAUUUAAAGGUGAUAAAGAAGUACAAUCUCAGUGACCAAGCUGAACUUUAGGCAAUUAUGUUGUCAAGUUUACAAGCUGGCUGUAUUCGCAAGACGAAUGGCAGAUUUACUGUCGGCUGUGCAGAUUAUAUGUGGGGGAGUGAUGUGAAAGGUGGUUUUGUCAGAAUAUUUUACCCCAGUGACGAUCCCGAACACAGUUCAUUUGUUCAUAAUUGUGACAGGCGAAAGCCAUUUUGGCUUCCGCACAAGGAGUAUGCCGUUGGAAUGAUAAAAUAUGCCAAACUACCUUCGUGGCUUCUGGGAAACGUUUUUUAUUGGAUGCUAGGCAAUGUUCAGUUGGAUUGUUAUUGGAACAGCUCUCUUCAUUUGGCUGUUGAAUCAAAUGAAAGCGAAAGGCCUAAAAAGGAGUUUGAAAAAUUCCCAUGUGUUGUCUUCUCACAUGGCCUGGGUGGUAGUCGAUGUGUGUACAGCAGUUUCUGUCUCGAGCUGGCUUCAUAUGGUUAUAUUGUAGCUGCUGUAGAACACAGAGAUAAAUCAGCAUCUGCAACAUACUAUCUGAAGGAGAGUGCUGCAAGUCUUAAUGAUCCACAAUGGGUUGAGUAUCAUAGAUUAAAAGAGAAUGAAGAUGAAUUUCAAUUGCGGAACAAUCAGGUCCACCAGCGAGCUAAAGAAUGCAUGCAAACAUUAAAUUUUCUUGAGCAGUUGAACGAAGGGCGUCCGCCCAAGAAUUUAUUAGGAGCGGAAUUUGAUGGACCUCAAUUUAAGGACAGGCUAAAUCUCGACCAGGUGUCCAUAAUGGGGCAUUCAUUUGGAGCCGCAACAACAAUCGCAGCCCUCGCAAAGGAUAAACGAUUCAAGUGUGGCGUGGCAAUGGACGCGUGGAUGUUUCCACUUGGAGAUGAACUGUAUCACCACACAGUCAGUCAACCUUUGUUGUUCAUUAACACCGAAACGUUUCAUUGGAAAAAGAACAUUAAACAGAUAAACGAGCUUUUAAACCACGAAACCGUUGAAAGGAAAAUGGUGACUGUUAGAGGUACAAGUCAUCUAACUCAGUCUGAUCUUCCCUCGGUGGUCCCACCCGCUGCCUGGAGAUUUUUGGGCGUGAAUUCACAAUCAUUAGAUGUCGGUGACAUCAUAGAUAUCAACAGGAAGAUCAUCGCAACGUUUCUUUCGCAAUAUUUCGAACUUGGUAAAGAGUUUAGCGAUCCAGAAAUAUUAAAACAAGACACUGACCAUGUACUUAUUGGAACAAAUGUUGUUGUUUAGCGGAUGCGGAUGAAUGCAACAACGAUAUAAAAACAUAGAAAUCCGACCAUCCUGAUUAGUAUGAAAUUCAUAUUAACCAAUGACGCGGUAGAGAGAACAAUUAAAAAAUCUUUGUUUUAGGCAGGAUUUGGACUCGCAGCUUCGGAUCGCUUGACCGAAGCCGGACCAAAUUUACAAAGUCAAAAAAAAAAUGAUAUUGAAAAAAAAAUAAUUUUCUAUUCUUUUAGUUCAAGUUCCUUUUUGUCGAAUUUUUCAAUUUUUGGAGUUUGUUUCUAAGAUUCCAACCUCGAUAUUUCAUGGACGGGUUGGUUAAGAAAAUAAUUGAACAACGCAGAACGAAAUAAUUAUAGUUUAGAUGACAUGUAAUCUAGAUAUUUUUUCAAUACCUAAUA